AUGCCAGUUGUACAAGAACAUGGCAAACGUCGUGUUGCAUAUUAUUAUGAUGCAAACGUUGGAAAUUAUUAUUAUGGCCAAGGACACGUUAUGAAACCUCAUCGAAUCCGGAUGACACAUCAUUUGCUUUUAAAUUAUGGGAUCUAUCGAAAUCUUGAAGUAUAUAGACCGUUCCCUGCGUCGUUUGAUGAAAUGACUCGUUUUCAUAGUCACGAUUAUAUGAUGUUUUUGCGAACCGCUACGCCAGAUAAUUUGAAACAGUUUAAUAAGCAGAUGCUUAAAUUUAAUGUUGGAGAAGAUUGUCCGGUUUUUGAUGGUUUAUUCGAAUUUUGUCAACUUUCUAGUGGUGGAUCUCUUGCCGCUGCAGUCAAGUUAAAUAAACAUAAAGCUGAUAUUGCCAUUAAUUGGAUGGGUGGUUUACAUCAUGCAAAAAAAAGCGAAGCUAGUGGAUUUUGUUACACUAACGAUAUUGUUUUAGGGAUUUUAGAAUUAUUAAAAUAUCAUAAACGAGUUCUUUACGUGGAUAUUGAUGUCCAUCAUGGCGACGGUGUAGAGGAAGCAUUUUACAUAACAGAUCGCGUCAUGACUGUUUCAUUCCAUAAGUAUGGUGAUUUUUUCCCUGGAACAGGCGAGUUGAAGGAUAUUGGUGCUGCGCGUGGAAAAUAUUAUGCAGUUAAUGUUCCUUUGCGGGAUGGUAUGACUGACGAAGCAUAUCAGAGCAUAUUUGUUCCGGUGAUGACAAAAGUUCUGGAAACUUUUCAACCCUCAGCUAUAGUAUUACAAUGUGGUGCAGAUUCUCUCAAUGGUGAUCGAUUAGGAACGUUUAAUUUGACUCUUAAAGGUCAUGGAGCGUGUGCGCGAUUCUUGCGUGAACAAAAUAUUCCAAUGAUGAUGCUAGGUGGUGGUGGUUACACUCCUCGUAAUGUAGCUCGUUGUUGGACAUAUGAAACAUCAAUUGCUGUCAAUAUGGAGGUUUCAGAUGACCUUCCUUAUAAUGAUUAUUUCGAAUAUUUUGGUCCACAUUAUCGUUUACAUAUUGAACCAUCAAAUGCCACUAAUGAAAAUACUCCUGAUUAUCUUCGGCGAGUUCAAGAAGGAGUAAUGGAAAAUUUACGUCAUUUGCCUGCUGCUCCUAGUGUACAAAUGCAGUCGAUUCCAGAAGACUCAACUAAAAUCAUUGAAAAUGAAGAAACAGCGAAAGAUCUCGCAAAUCCUGACAUCCGGUUGCAUCAGAAAUACUGUCAUAUAUAUGGUAGGAAAGAACGAGAAAAAAGCGAAUAA